CUUGUGAGUGGUAUCCAAUGAGCGUACAGCUAUUCCGUAAAAGCAAGCAUUUAUGCUCUGGGCCGGAUAUCUAUACGCGAGAAACGCGACCGAUCUGUCAUGACAGAUAGGGAUCUAGGUUCCUCAGAAUCAGCUGUUGAAUGCAUCACAUGUAUUCUUUUUUUCAUUCUGCCGAGUCACAUCAGUUCUAUGAUAUGCCAGAUAGAAAAGUGAAGUGAAGCCAGUGAGUUCAAUGAUCAUUCUUCAACUGAAUAUGGCUGGGAAUAGAAUUUCAUGAGAGAAAGAAAAGUUGAGCUCCCAAUGAGAAAUUGAUUUUAAAAGCAGGUUCCCUAUAGAUUCAAUCAUUUUGUUAUUUCACUGAUGAGAACUGUGAAUAAUGUCAAAGUAAUAGGAUGUUGAGAAUUCAAUAAUAUUACCCUGCUUCAAUAGACCGAUAACCUAUGUGUUGGAUGUCGACGCUUUUUCUAUACACUGAGAUUUGUCUUGUAACAAAUUUCUAUCUUUUUGGGAGAUAGAAUAACGUACCAGUGUUAAUGGAUCGUUGCAAGAAAUUCUUCGCCAGGAGGCAAACUGAACCCUAUCUCAAUGAUCUUGAAACUGAGCUUGAAAGAAAGGAACGAUGGAAGAGUAUAUAUGCAAUUUACUUUACUAUGUUUCUAAUGUCUCUCGGCUUUAGUAUUAUAUUGACUGGUGUUUGGCCGUACUUAGACAAGUUGGAUCCUGCAGCUGGAAAAGAAUUUAUGGGAUAUGUAGUGGCGGCUAAUCCACUGGGACAAAUGUUGUUUUCACCUUUGGUGGGUUGGUGGGGCAAUAAAAGAGGAUCAGUCAGAUUACCGCUUUUAGCAACCCUAGCACUGUUCACUCUAGCAUCCGCAGCUUACAGUAUCCUUGAAGUGAUACCCGGUGACAAAAAAGCUUACAUGAUUGUUGCUAGAUUCUUCGUUGGAGUUAGCUCUGCCAACAUAGCGGUAGCAAGAUCUUACUUAUCCGCAGCCACAAAACUUUCAGAACGUACACAUGCAGUGUCGAUGGUAUCUCUUGCACAGGUACUGGGUUUUGUGGUGGGCCCUGGACUACAAGCUGCUGUUACACCUCUCGGAGACCAUGGUAUUACAUUUAUGCUGCUGCCUUUAAACAUGUACACAACGGCUGGUUGGAUUAAUGUAAUAAUGGGUAUCUUUAAUUUUAUUUUGUUCCUCCCGUGGAAUUUCAAGGAACACAAAAUCGCUAUAAAGGAAGCCAUGCGUAAUGAGGGGAAAGCCACUGAGGAGGAAACUUGGAAAUCCUUGAAACCUGACUAUCUGGCAUCGUGGACUUUAAUUUGCGCAUUCUUCAUCUUGGUCUUCAAUUUCGUUCUUCUUGAGACACUGGGCACAUCUCUUACCAUGGAUCAAUUCGCUUGGACCAAGCAAGAAGCGCUUUACUACAUGGGAAUAUUGAUGAGCAUUGGAGCUAUAAUAGCGUGCAUUACAUUUGCCAUGAUUGGACCGCUCUGUAAGAGAUUUGCAGAACGUAAAGUAAUGUUGUGGGGUGGAUUCUUCUUUAUGGUGAUUGGACGAGUAUUGUGCAUCCCGUGGGGUCCUGAUCCUCCUAAGAUUGCGGAUUUUGGGCCGUACAAUAAUAUCACGGAAGACCUCAACGGCACAGAGAUCGUGGGCUGUCCGAUUACUCAGGAAUGGUGUCUGUACACUCCACAAGUCACGGUUACUCAGUUUCUUAUCGGUUACGGCUUUACCGCCAUAGGUUAUCCCCUAGGAGUCACUUUGAUACAAACGAUAUUUAGCAAGAUUCUCGGGCCGCGUCCGCAAGGCGUGUGGAUGGGUUUGAUGACAGGUGCGGGUUGUGCGUCUCGUGUGAUGGGUCCAGUUUUUGUGGGCCUUAUUUACACCCGCUUAGGUACAUAUCACACUUUCGGUAUCACCGGCGUGACGUUAAUUAUCUCUAUGCUGUGGUUGGAACUUGUGAAAAAGCGUUUGAUUCCACCGGAGCUGAAUAGGGCCGAAGAGACGCCGAACGAGCACGUCGAGACUCCUCUGGUACAUUUAAGAUCUGACCAAACGUCGCGCGAGAUGUCUAACGGGAUGUUGGACGCCCAGAAAUUAAUAUUGACACAAUCGGUUGACUAAGCAAAUCUCUCUUCAAUACUGCUGCAACAAUGAUCCACAACCGAUCUUGCAAUACGUAAAUUGAUCUAGAUUUUUAUUAUAUAUAUUAUAUAUAUUAUAUAUAUUAUAUAUUAUUAUAUAUAUUAUAUAUAUUAUAUUAUAUA